AUGGUGCUCCGAGAGAUUUAUCCGGAAAUUUGUUUUGUUUUGACCGCGGUUUCGGUCGGCCUGUGUGUCCUGGUAAUUUUCUUGUCACGUCGGGUCCUCAAAGCAUAUCGGCACAGCGAUUACGCGUGGAUUAUGGCGUUCAACGCGGGCGUCGAUAUUUUUUACUCACUAACUCAUGGAGUUGUGGUACCAGUAAGUUUCUGAAAGAAAAAUCGAACCUUCAUCCAGAGCGCAGUAGCCACCUCUACCUCAGUGUAUUUGACUAUCGAAAAUCCCUACUUGCACAACAUUUCGACGUCGGCCGCGCAAAUUGCUGCCUUCUUCCAAUGGAUAGACGCUCUUUGCUCCGCACCCUGCAACACAGUUCACUUCUAUUAUCGCUAUCGACUAUUAUGUAAGGGCGAUAAAUGGAGUAGACAGCGAUAUCUUGCGGCUUAUGGGCUGGUUUUGGCUGUGAUAUUCUUUGAUUCGUCAUUAUUCUAUGCCUCUACGAAUCCGGAGAGCGAAAGCAGCCGAAGAGAGCUAGUCGCAGUUAAUGGCGAUGGGUACUCAGUUCCUCCUCAUGUUUUUCUUUCCCUGAACAACCCGGUUUUUAUGCUCUGCAUGUUCGUCAGCCAGCUAAUGUUUGUUGUCGAGUAUGGCGUUAUGAUUUUUUGCGGCCAGCGGAUUAUUCGCCAAGCUAAGAAAAGCACAAGUGCGGCGAAAUCAACUCAACAAGCGCAAAAGCAUCUCAUUGCGGUCAUGGUUUUGCAAGUAAGCUUUACCACGAACACACAUGGCCAUUCGAUCUUGUUUCCUUCAAAUAUCGACGAAUUUCAGGCAGUGUAUCCGUUGAUCUUGUACUUUGUCCCAUUCAUGUACGUGAUGAUAAUGCUUUCGAUGGGUGUGAAUUUUCAAGACUCCAGCUAUGUUGCCGGCGUCUCUGUGCAGUUAUUAUCGCCGUUAAAUUCGAUAUCGGUGCUCACGCUGAUCCCAGCUUAUCGCAGAGUCUUGACCAAGACAUCUCCAUCGAACUCAGGGACAUUCUUUGUUUCCGCUAGUCGAGGAUCGCUUGGGCGAAAAGGAUCCAUGGUAUGA